UUGAACGGGGGAGGAGGAGGAGAGGGCUCGAGGGACCGUCUGUCGCGGGACAGGCUGGCCAUCUGGGGCGCGGAGCCGGGAGGAGGCGGCAGCAGCAGCAGCAGCAGAAACAAGUACCAGCCACACAGCGGCUCCUCCAGCCCGAGCAACCACAGUCCCCCGGCCGCGAUGGCGCUGCAAAGCCUGGCGAGCGAGGAAGCUAAGGGGCCCUGGCGGGAGGCAGACCAGGAACAACAGGAGCGGGUGGGUAGCCCCGAGCCGGAGCCUGAGCCGGAGCCGGAGCCCGUGCCUGUGCCCCCACCCGAGCCUCAGCCAGAGCCCCAGCCGGAGCCCCAGCCCCUACCCGACCCUGCACCAAUGCCGGAGCUGGAGUUUGAGCCGGAGCCGGUGCACGAACCCGAGUCCACGCCCACAGUGGAGACCCGCGGCACCGCUCGAGGCUUCCAGCCCCCAGAAGGUGGCUUCGGUUGGAUGGUGGUCUUCGCUGCCACCUGGUGCAACGGCUCCAUCUUCGGCAUCCAGAACUCCUUCGGGAUUCUGUACUCCAUGCUGCUGCAGGAGGAAAGAGAGAAAAAUCGACAAGUGGAGUUCCAAGCAGCAUGGGUAGGAGCCCUCUCAAUGGGCAUGAUCUUCUUCUGUUCUCCCAUUGUGAGUAUAUUCACUGAUCGUUUGGGCUGCCGAAUCACAGCAACUGCGGGGGCUGCUGUCGCUUUCAUUGGCCUCCAUGCCAGCUCCUUCACCAGCUCCCUAAGCCUGCGUUACUUCACCUACGGGAUUCUCUUUGGUUGUGGCUGUUCCUUCGCCUUUCAGCCAUCUCUCGUCAUCCUGGGACACUACUUUCAACGCCGCCUGGGUCUGGCCAAUGGUGUGGUGUCUGCUGGGAGUAGCAUCUUUUCCAUAUCCUUCCCCCUCCUCAUCAAAACACUGGGGGCUAAGAUCAAGCUCGCCCAAACCUUCCAGGUGCUGAGUACCUUUAUGUUUGUUCUUACACUGCUUUCACUCACCUACCGGCCCCUCCUGCCCAGCUCCCAGGACACCCCAAGCAAGAGAGGUGUCCAUACCCUGUGCCAACGCUUUCUGGCUCAGCUCAGGAAGUACUUCAACAUGAGAGUGUUCCGCCAACGUACCUACCGCAUCUGGGCCUUCGGGAUUGCUGCUGCUGCCCUUGGCUACUUCGUUCCCUAUGUACACCUGAUGAAGUAUGUGGAAGAGGAAUUCUUGGAAAUCAAGCAGACCUGGGUGCUCUUGGUGUGUAUUGGGGCUACCUCAGGCCUUGGGCGCCUUGUGUCAGGCCGUGUCAGUGACUCCAUUCCUGGACUUAAGAAGAUCUACUUGCAGGUCAUCUCCUUCCUGCUCCUGGGCCUGAUGUCCAUGAUGAUUCCUCUCUGCCGGGGCUUUGGGGGCCUCAUCGUUGUCUGCCUCUUCCUGGGCCUGUGUGAUGGCUUCUUCAUCACCAUCAUGGCCCCAAUUGCAUUUGAGCUGGUGGGCCCAAUGCAGGCCUCACAGGCCAUUGGCUACCUCCUGGGCAUGAUGGCCCUGCCAAUGAUUGCUGGGCCCCCCAUUGCAGGCCUCCUCCGCAACUGUUUUGGGGACUACCAUGUGGCCUUCUACUUUGCCGGUGUGCCCCCCAUCAUCGGAGCUGUAAUCCUCUUGUUCGUCCCUCUGAUGCAUCAAAGGAUGUUCAAGAAAGAGCAAAGGGAUUCCAGCAAGGAUAAGAUGUUGGCCCCUGAGACAGACCCCAAUGGGGAGCUGCUGCCAGGCUCCCCAACCCCUGAGGAACCAAUCUAAAGCCUCUUAUUUGCCAUUGUGUGCUCCUCCCCAAACCUUUCCCUUCACCCUGCCCGGCUCAGCAUUUACAUUUUUGCCACCAGCACACUUGUUCCCAAACCUGCACACACAGCAUUUCAGUCACCUGACCAUCCCCUUGGAGCCAAAGCUCCAGGCGUUCCAAACUCAUUAACCAAAUUAUCCCCAUGAAUGCCUUUAAACUUGCCAGGGUUCUCCCCUCCCAGGAUCUAGGAAAGCUUGGGCUCACCUCCUGGCCUUUGGAACCUCUCCAUAUAGUUUCCAACUCUUGGGGAAGGAAAGAGAUGGGAACUCCUGGCCCAGCUUGUCAGUCACCCACUAAAAGCAAUUGCCAAAGGUGCUAUUGUAUCCCCAGGAGCCUGGUGGGAAGACCCAAGCCUCUGUGUGCUGAGGAGUUCCUUGCCAUCUGUCCAUAGGAAUGGUUGGGUAGGUGGCGUGGGGGGAAGGGCAUAGAGGAAAAAUGAGACAAGGAACCUUGUUUAGCCACAGAGUCUCUGAAGGCUGUGGCUUCCCAAGAGGUGUGGGUGACAUCAUUUUACAAGUGAAUAGAUAGUCUCCUCAUCUUGUGGUUGGUUAACACUCCGCUUCCUUCUUCCCUUCCUCCUUUUUUCCUCUACUGCUUCCUCUCCCUUCUCAUCCCCCUCUAUUUCUUUUUAUGAUUGUCAUAGUCUCAUGGGUGCUUGAAGAAAGGAGGAACCAAAAACUUGGGCCAAUCACCCUCACCUUGGCCUAGCUCACCCCUAAUACUAGCAUCAAGUCCACUCAUCUCAGGCUGAGCCACAUCUCACUUUUUGGCUCAAGUUACUGUAAUCCUAGACUGGAAGAGUAGAAUAUCACAUAGGGAAGGGACCUUAAACAUCAUAAAAUUCCUCUCGCUGAUUUUUUUUUUUACAGAUUUUCCAUGUCAAUGCAUUAACCUGCAGGCUGUUUCAGCCUCCCAUCCUUGUAUCCACCUGUCAAAAUGUGAAGAAAUGCCUUUCAUCUCAACAGGCAAAGGAAAACUGAUGACAGGGGGAAUGGCCUGGUUGGGAAAAGGCAAUAGUUAUUGACCCCAUGAAGGAUCAAUUCCCCCAUCUCUCAUUAUUCAUCAUAGGUCAACAUUUCCACUUGGGCCAUGCCAGGAAAGGAACUGUUUUAGGGAAAAUCUCACUUCCAAAUUGGAUCUCCAAAAAGCAGAGGCAGCAGCUGCACACAGGGUUGGACAAUUUCUUCUAGUAAGGAAAAAACAUUUUAGCCUUUACCACUUAAUGUGUGCUCCAUGAGGGGCAUCCUGGGCCACUCUACUUAGUGGGCAUUAAAGGUGCCAAGAAAGGUAGACUCUGGACUACCUUCAUCCCUCUGAAGUAGGUGCCAGAUACUUCCCUAUGCCUAGGCCCUGGGCAGCACUCUUGCUGAAGAGCAUUUCCAGCCAGGCUGUGUCUAGCUAGCAAAACUCACCCUCAUUAGGAGCUGAGCCUCUCUCCUCACUUGGCCUCUGUGUGACUCUCCCUAUUCUGGGUCUUUUUCUGUCGUGUUCCUGUUACCCUAACCUUUUAUCAUCUUCUUGCCAGGCAUCUUUGAUUGUCACUUAGAGCUAACAGUGACUUUCCACCCCAAACCAGGGCCAUCCCAGGGCCAGAAGGAUGAGGUUGCCCCUGAGGGGCUCCAAAGAAGACAGUGGUCCCCACCCAUUAGUUUUUCCAUUACAAACAGGCAGCUGGGGCAUGGUUGGCCUCUGAUGGUUUCAUUCAAGGCCAAAAUCCUCAGCCCUCUCCAUUGGUCCCAGUCCAGCUCUUAUCAACUCCCCAUAGGAAAACCCACUCGUUCUUGGCUCUGUGAUCAGGAAGGGGCCUGCCUAAAAACUAUUUUAUUAUCUCAAACAGCAGUGGAACCAGAAGAGCUAGGCUCUAGGACCCUUUGUGACUCCCAGGAGAGACCAUUGAAAAGGUUGGAGCAACAAAGCUCCUGCUUCCAUUCCUCCCUGCCCACCUCCACCAAAUCAUCUGAGGUUCUGCAAGACCUUCUUUGUUGCUUAUGGCAUGGAUAGCUCUUAAGAAUCAGGCUGCCACCCACUUCUCUCCAGAUGAAGGGAGGACAUUGACAGGUUCCAAAUCUGCCCUAUCAGGUGUCACAUAACAUGGCGAGGUAUCAGUUUACUUCUUCCACACGUGUAUGUCCAUGUGUAUGCUUGUGCGCUUUUGGAGAGAAUGUUCGUUGGCAAAAGUAGUAUUAAUAUUUAGGGUAAGAUGCAGCCUCUUAUGUACCACAGUUAAAUCUACGAACGAACAAAACUUGUGAGCUUGAGAUCUGGGACAUUUAAAUCCUCAAAAGGUUUGGAACAAAAUAAACAAAUCUAAAAUCUA